AUGAACUCCAUGCUAUAUACCCUCCAAGGGUUCGCGAUAUUUUUUAUGAUAUUUUGGUCGGCACUGUGGAUCUUGCAUGUGCUGGCGCUGAUCGCCGGUCACUGGAAGCUGCACCGGAAAGUCACUCAAGCACCAAUCUACGAGACGCCGUUGCCCGGCGUGUCGAUCAUAAAGCCUCUGAUGGGCGUCGAUCCAAAUCUAUUCAGCAACUUGGAGACCUUCUUUACCAUGCAAUACCCUCGUUACGAGUUGCUGUUUUGCGUGGAGGACGACUCGGAUCCUGUGUUGAUGUUGGUGCGUAAAUUGAUCGAGAAAUAUCCGGAGGUUGACGCAAGACUGUUUAUCGGCGGCCGGAAUGUGGGCGUGAAUCCGAAGAUUAACAAUAUGCAGCCGGCAUACGAGGCGGCUAAACAUGAAUUUGUGUUGAUUAGUGACAGUGGUAUCAAGAUGAAAGAAGAUACGUUAUUGGACAUGGUGAAUUACAUGACCGACAACGUAGCAUUGGUGCAUCAGAUGCCGUUCACGUGUGAUCGGGAGGGUUUUGCCGCAGCGUACGAGAAAAUAUUCUUCGGCACUGUACUGUCACGUAUGUACCUUGCCGCUGAUUUGCUCAGGAUAAACUGUCAUACCGGUAUGUCAGCGUUACUGAGGAAAGCGCCGUUGGACGAAGUCGGCGGAUUAAAGACAUUCGGCGUGUAUCUCGCCGAGGACUUUUUCUACGCAAAGUCGUUGACCGACCGGGGUUGGCGUAUCACCGUGUCCUCGCAGCCGGCGUUGCAGAACAGCGGCCACUGUGAGCUGCAUUCGUUUCAAGCGAGACUACGCAGGUGGGCGAAGUUACGCGUGGCCAUGCUGCCCACAACGAUCGUUCUGGAACCGCUUAGCGAGUGUUUAGUGUUAGGUGCCUGUGCUUCCUGGGCGGCUAGCGUACUGUUUGAGUGGGACUCGUUGGUUUUCUAUUUGGUACAUAUACUGUUGUGGUUUAUGUUCGACUGGUCACUAUUGUGCGUCGUACAAAAUGGACCGUUGCCAUUUAACAAAUUGGAAUUCGUAUGCGGAUGGUUACUUAGUGAGAUCACCAGGCCCUAUCUUUACCUCCAGGCGGUUCUAGAUCCUCUGAUACAGUGGCGGUCGCGUGUUUACAAGCUCAGGUGGGGCGGAAUCGCAGAGGAAGUUAAAGCGAAAGUCAAGUAUUAA